ACUUUUUUACCGCUUGAGGUCUCUGAAAUCAACUUGAAGUUGUUGAUUGGAAUCAUUCAUCGGUUAUUUGACAAAAAUCUCAAAUUUAUUUUAUUUUGCAAGAAUUUUAGAAAAAAAUUAACUCGCAAAAAUGACUAUGGCAAUGUUGCAACGCCGUGCUAACGUACGGUUACCACCCGAAGUGAACAGAGUAUUGUAUAUCAGGAAUCUACCAUAUAAGAUUACAGCUGAAGAAAUGUAUGAUAUAUUUGGAAAAUAUGGGGCUAUCAGACAAAUUAGAGUAGGUAACACAGCUGAGACAAGAGGAACAGCAUUUGUUGUUUACGAAGAUAUAUUUGAUGCAAAGAAUGCAUGUGAUCACUUGAGUGGGUUUAAUGUAUGUAAUCGUUACUUAGUAGUUCUAUAUUAUCAGAGUAACAAAGCAUUUAAGCGAAUUGACGUUGAUAAAAAGAUGGAAGAUUUAGAUAAAUUAAAAACAAAGUAUAAUCUAAAUGAUGAGAAAAAAUAA